UCUCAAGAACAUCAUUUCGACAAGGACUACUUCUCAGCAUUCUUCUGCAGUCAUCUUCGGCAAUCUUGCUUCCUGGCGCUCGAAGCCCGCAACCUGCAACCAUCAAUCAGCAAACAGCAAGCUGAAUCGUUCUGAAACCCUCUGCCAUCCGUGGAAGGAGCUUUUAGGAAGUGAAUCAAUCGAGAUACAGUCAUCUUUUUGAGUUGCUAAGAAGCGGGCCUGACCAAGACCUUGCCAGCGAGAAUUCUGGCGUCGUUUAGCCCUUCAACCCUAAAAAACUUACAAACUUGGUAAAAAUCAUGGAGAGCAAGGACAAUAGUAGUUCAAGUAAUUCACAGUACGAGCCCGCUCUUGGUUACGUGUUGGAGGAUAUCAGGCCCGACGGAGGAGUCGUGAAGUUCCGCUCUCCUGCUUAUAGCAACUGCUUGAAGGCACCCUCCUGAUAGUCCUCCUGGAGCUUUUAGAUAAGGAGCUGGAUUGCAGACUGGCAAACGCCCGGGCUGUCGAGUAGUAUAAGACAGGUCCAGACGACCCCUCCUGCCUAGGAAAGAGCACGCUGCGCCGCACGUCUAGAUAGUCAAAGGUACACGCACUCAUACAAUGGGUGCCGACGCAAUGAUGCUCCCUGCCCCUGGGUUUGAGGGUUUCGAGAAGCGCCUGGAAGUGGAGUUUUCUCCUGCCAGUGCAGCAUGCUCUCCUCGCGGUCUGCGCAACAUGCCCCGCGCCAAGAUUGACGAGCUCCUCACUUUGGCUGAGUGCACUAUCGUGUCUCAGCUCAGCAACGAGCUGUUUGACUCGUACGUGCUCUCAGAGUCCAGCCUCUUCAUCCACCCCUUCAAGCUGGUCAUUAAGACCUGCGGCACGACUGCUCUGCUCAAGGCCGUUCCCACCCUCCUCAAGCAUGCUGCUGAGCUUGACCUGAAGGAACAUCGCGUCAAGUACACCCGGGGGACCUUCAACUUCCCUGCAGUUCAGCCCUACCCCCACGGCAGCUUCGCUCAGGAGAUUGAGUUCCUGGAGCAGCACUUUGGCCACCUGGGGGCCGGCGGCAAGGCCUACGUCCUCGGCGCACCGGACCAGUUUCCCAACUGGCAUGUCUACGAGGCCGCCUCCUCGGGAAACCAGGCCGGCGCCGAGCCGACCUUCACCCUGGAGAUGUGCAUGCAGAAGCUGGACAGCACCAAGGCUGCUCAGUUCUUCAAGGCCGCCGGCUUCGCCGACGCCAAGGCCAUGACCGUCGCCUCUGGGAUCGACACCAUUCUCCCCGGGUCCGAGAUUGACGCCUUUGACUUUGAGCCCUGCGGCUACUCCAUGAACGGCAUCGAGAACCGGGCAUUCAGCACGAUUCACAUCACGCCCGAGGACGCCUUCUCCUAUGCCAGCUUUGAGGCGAGCGGGUACGCCCCCCAGGAGCAGUCCCCCCACGAGAUGGUCCAGAAGGUGCUCGGGGUGUUCAACCCGGGGCGCUUCUCGCUUGCGCUCUCUGCUGACGGCAAGGUCGGUGCAGCCGGGGCGGGUGCCUGGGGCGUAUCCCCGGCCUUCGCUGGUUACGUCUGCGACGGCACCAUCCGCCAGGAGAUGGCCUUUGGAGCGGCCCUGGUGUUCCACACUUUCAAGGCCGUCGGCAGUGCACCAGCUGAGGUGGAGGUGUGCGUCCCUGAGCCGCUGUUUGCUGACCGCGAGGUGGAGAAGCUGUACGCGCUGGCUGCCAAGAAGAGGGCUGCCUUCGCCAAGGAGAAGCUGCAGAAGCUGCACGGCGGGUCUGGCGAUUUGUGGGAGGCCCUGGCCCCCUUGGGUGACGAGGUGGCUACUGCCGUCGCGUCCUUCAAGCCUACCCUGGCAUCAGUGGGAAGUCCCAGGGACGUGGACAAGUACGCGCAGAACUUCAUCAAGCAGAACGGCCAGGAGGCGCCCUUCAUGAUGUUCGACCUGGGAAUGGUGGCGCGCCUGUACGACGCAUGGACGACCACCAUGCCUCGCGUGGAGCCCUUCUAUGCUGUCAAGUGCAACGGCGACCCCGCCCUGCUGGCCGUCCUCGCCGCCCUCGGCGCCAACUUCGACUGCGCCUCGCUCGCCGAGAUGCAGGCCGUUGCCGCCGCCGGCGUCGGGCCUGAGCGCAUCAUCUACGCCAACCCGUGCAAGCUGGAGUCGCACCUGCGCCACGCUGUCUCUACCGGCGUCAAGCUCACCGUCUUCGACGCCGAGGACGAGCUCUACAAGAUCAAGAAGGUGCACCCGGGCGCGGAGCUUCUGCUGCGCAUCCGCGCGGACGACGUUGGCGCGCAGUGCCCCCUCGGGUCCAAGUACGGCGCCGAGUUCGACGAGUGCGAGCCGCUGCUGAGGGUUGCGAAGCGCCUGGGGCUGAGCUGCGUCGGGGUGUCGUUCCACGUGGGCAGCGGCGCUGCGAGCGCGCAGUCGUUCGUGGAGGCGAUCAAGGCGGCGAAGUUGGUGUUUGAGAUGGCGGAGGGGCUGGGUAUGCCCAAGAUGAAGGUGCUGGACAUUGGAGGCGGGCUCUCGGUUGGCGGGAAGCUGACGUUCUCGGCGGCGGGGGCUGCGAUCAACAAGGCGCUGGAGAAGUUCUUCCCCGAGGAGGAGGGGGUCAAGGUCAUCGCCGAGCCUGGGCGCUACUUCGCCGAGGCGCCUGCUACGCUGGCCGCGCUCGUCUUUGGGCGCCGCCUGCGUGGGCUGCGCCACGCGCACACCAAGGCCAACGAGUACUACAUCAACGACGGCGUGUACGGGUCCAUGAACUGCCUCCUCUACGACCACGCUACCAUCUCCGCUCGCCCACUGCGCGUGUCCGGCGGCCUGCGCCUGCUCGAUGAGAAGAUGUACCGUUCGACGGUCUUCGGGCCGACGUGCGACGGGCUGGACCAGGUCCUGACCGACGUGUGGCUGCCGAAGCUGGAGGUCGGCGACUGGCUGCUGUUCCCCAACAUGGGGGCGUAUACCCUCGCGGCGGGCACGAGCUUCAACGGGUUCGCGACUUCGGACAUCAAGACGCACUACCUGUGGUCCGAGGGCGACCGCCUGCCGUUUGGGGAGGAGGAGCCGGGCAGUGACUCCGACUCGCACUUUGGUGAUGCGGCGAUGGACUCGAGCGACACGGGCUCGGAUGGCGGGGAGUUUCAGAGUGAGGGGGAGGCGGCCAAGGAGGAGAGUGAUGAGACCGCUAGCCUGUCUGGGAGCGAUGACGAUGCGUACUACUAGAGAGCAGGUCAUAAACUAUGAUUGAUGUAGGGUUGAUAGUGAUUGUUUGCCAAAAAUUAUUAGAAGACACAAAAGAAAUGGGUUUGCCAGCCCCAAAUCCAGCUUCUACUUGUUUGCAGAAAUGUUUGUGAUAGUUGAAGGAGGUCACCACUCAGGUGUCGUCCUAUUGCAUAGGGAUAGGUUGCUUGUAGUUCUCAGACGCCCAAAACGGGUGGUCAAAUCGCGUAGGGAUAGGUUGAAGCUUAGCAUAGUACCGAACUGACAAUCGUAAGACCGCCAUGAGCUAUUUUUACAAGUCAACAAUUUGUAUCGUUGAUCUGUGAGUCGAAUGUUGCUUCACAAAAUUAUCGUGG